AUGUGCGAAUAUUGGAUGCUUCUUCCGCUACUCCUGCUGCUGUUGCUUGCAAGGAAUGGCGACUCUCAGUUGAUACCCAGCGAGUUAUGCGUGGCAGCCCAGCAGCAAUGUCCCAAUUCUCGCAUCAAUUUCUGGCUUUACACCAACUCCACUCGAGACUCGCCCACUUUGCUCAACCCACUCAAUCCGCUUGAGCAACUCUUUGAGCCACGUUUGCCACUUAAAAUACUCAUUCAUGGCUUCGUUGGCAAUCGCAGUCUGACGCCCAAUCUCGAAGUGCGCGAUGUGCUGCUGCAGACGCAAGCGGUGCAUGUGAUCUCCGUGGACUAUGGCAGCCUUGUGAAAUGGCCUUGUUACUAUCCUUGGGCUGUGCAGAAUGCACGUGUGGUGUCCAAGUGCCUGGCUCAGUUCAUCGACAGUCUGCUUGAGGCAGGCAUCUAUAGGCGCGAAGAUAUUCACUUGAUUGGCUUCAGUUUGGGCGCUCAGAUCGCUGGCAUGUCGGCGAAUUAUGUGCAACAGCCGCUGGCGAGGAUUACGGGUCUGGAUCCAGCUGGUCCUGGUUUCAUGACCAAGUGGCGACACGAGAAACUCGAUGCCAGCGAUGCGGACUUUGUGGAUGUCAUACACACGGAUCCCUUUGUCUUCUCCAUGCUGCCGCCAAUGGGACAUGCGGAUUUCUAUCCCAAUCUCGAGCACUUGAAUCAACGUGGCUGUAGCUAUGUGAACCAAUGGCGUUUCUACAAUUGCAAUCACUAUCGCGCCGCUGUCUAUUACGGCGAGUCAAUUGUCAGCGAUCGUGGCUUUUGGGCGCAACAAUGCGGCGGCUGGCUGCAGUUUUUCACACAACGUUGCGGACUUUAUUCCCACAUGCCGAACACUCAAAUGGGUUACUUUGUAUCCGAGAAUGCUACUGGCUCCUAUUUUCUCAGCACGCACGAGAAGCAUCCUUUUGCCAAAGGACCUUUGGUGGAUGUAGUCAUCGAGGUAGCUGAUAGCAAUGAUUUAGCGCGUGAAAAGUGUGUGUGUGUUUGCUAUUGUUUGUUACACAACAAAAACAAACAACAACAACGAGUUAAUUACCUUACAAUUGACCCAUUUUGUCUUGAACUUUGUCGACUAAACAUGCCGUUGAACUGUUGCCGCAGUGGAAUUGAAUCAUCUUCAUCGUCAAGUUGGCGGCUUUUGCUGCUGCUCUUCACCUGCAUCGUUUUCAAUGCUGAUUUUGCCGCUGCACAAAAUCCGGCUGUUGUGGCCGCUGCUGUGGCCGCUGGCCAAAAUCAAUCGAACGUCUAUGUGACAGAAUCUUGCCUAGAGAAACCGUAUCGCUGUCCGCAUCCCAAGAUACAGUUCUAUCUCUACACACGACGCACCCAGGAGCAGCCCGAGUUCAUCGACGUGCUCGAUGCGAAUGCCUUGUACUACACACACUUUAAUCCUCGUCAUGCCACCAAGAUCAUCAUCCAUGGCUUUGGUGGCGGCCGUCUGCUGAGUCCCAGUCCGGAUCUGCGGGAAGCCUACUUCGCUGUGGGCGACUACAACAUCAUCAUUGUGGACUACAGCGAUGCAGUGAAGGAGCCGUGUCUCAGCCAAAUGGAAUGGGCACCUCGCUUUGGCAGUCUUUGCAUCUCGCAGCUGGUCAAGUAUCUCGCGCGGCAUCCACGCGGCGUUCAGCCCGAUGAUCUGCACUUCAUUGGCUACAGUGUGGGUGCGCACAUUGCCGGAUUGGUGGCCAACUAUCUGAAGCCCGAUGAGGGCAAGAUUGGUCGCAUCACAGCGCUGGAUCCCACCAUAUUCUUUUAUGCGGGUGCGAACAAUUCACGCGACUUGGACACCAGCGAUGCGCACUUUGUGGAUGUGAUGCACACAGGUGCCGGCAUUCUGGGUCAAUGGCACUCCAGUGGACACGCGGAUUUCUAUGUGAAUGGAGGCACCAGACAGCCAGCUUGUGUCGGAUCAGCCACCUUGUUUCAAACGCUGGCUUGCGAUCACACUAAGGUUACGCCAUACUUUAUUGAAUCCAUAACAUCAACACGCGGCUUCUAUGCUGGUCCCUGUCCCAAUCUAUUCACCUAUUUGAUAGGCUGGUGUGAGCCCAAGGACUCAGAGUAUGUGCUGAUGGGGGAACACUGUUCUCACAAAGCACGCGGCAACUAUUAUGUAACGACUAAUGCGAAGGCGCCCUUUGCUCGAGGAUUUCCAGGCAAGGGGCGAGCGAAUGGCGAGUAUCAAGGAGUACGACGUUAAUCGAGCGAGGAGGGAAUAUACCAUAUUUCAUAUUGUAGCACUCUUGUGAUUUUAGUAGUUUGUUUCCUAAUUAUGAUCCUGUAUUUAUUUGAAUUGUUUCUGUUAGUUUUAUUGCCGCCAUCGUCGCUGGGAGACGCUGAGAAUCAAAAUCAUUUCUCCAUGUCUCCCAGUUCCAAUUGUCCGCGCCUUGUACAAAUCUAUAUCUAAUCAUUAAGUUGUAAGCUGAAGUUUUGCUGGAUAAUAAAAGGUAGAACAAAAUAGAGAAAAACGCUUCAAUGUGU